AUGGCACAACCUCAACACUUCCAGAAGCGGCCUGGCUCCAUGAACUUCCAACCGCAAUCCACCUUUAGUCCUCGCAAUCUCAGUAUGGGCAGCGACCGGAGCAGCCACCCACAGACUCCCCACUUGCCUCCUCCUCAAUCCGAGCCGCCUUCACCAAGGCAGAAGAGUCCUCUUUCCAUUUCUGGAACUCGGACUUCUCAGACAGCGCCUAGAAGGCCUCUGAAGCGAAGACCAAUCCCAGAAUCAGAGCAGCCCAAAUGGCGUGAGUAUCCGCUCCCCACGGAAGAAACGAACUCCAGGCUGGACGAAACGGAUCCAUUGGGCAACAAGCGUGUGCGUGUCGCCGAGCGUAAAGAGAUUGCAAGGAAACCUGGAAAGGGGAGAAAAGAUGAGCAACCAAAGGAAGUUAUGGGACAAGCAGGUCCGAGUCAACGUCCUGCUAUCGAAGCCAGGGACGUCUACCGUAGUCAAACGGAUAGUCAUGAUUGGAGCAGGGGGCCAACCUGCUCACACCUCGCUUGGGGAAAGGGUGAAGAGCAAAUGGAAUCCAAGAAAGUUCCCGGUCUGCGUAAAGAUGCAGGGGAGAACGAAACAAGAUACCUGUUGGAUGAAUAUUGCGGAGGCCAGCCCUCUGACAUAACUCCACCCGAGCUCAUCGAGGAAUUAAGAGCCAUCGACCAACAAUGGAAUCUUCAAAAGUCGAGGCAACCAAGGCCCUCGGGACCGGCUCCUCUGGGAUCUUUCCAACGCUCAAAUGCUGAGCUCAAGGUCCCUCAACUAUCUCUUCCCCACAGACCUAAAUCCUCAACAUGUACAUCUCCAAAGAAUGGGGUUAACAUAUUCGGGGUAGACCUCCUAGGUACAGGAGCUGUCGUUAACCGAAACCAAGCCAAUGCUUUGAUGAGAUCCAUGUCUUUCCAUCAAGCGUUGCGAGGGCAGGAAGAAAUCCUUCGACGCUAUUAUGGGGCACAGUAUGAAGCUCUCCCUUCCCAAGGAGUGCAAAAGAGAACCACUAGCCUCAGCAAGGCUAGAGAAGUUAAAAGGACUCGUGAGGAUUUGGCAAGCUUGCUCAAAAAAGAUCCUAUCGACUUCGGCCACCCAGGUCCUUCAUUGCCCUUGUCGCCUUCUGAACAAGCCAGUAAACUUGAACGCGAAAUCCGUGAAGAGGAAGAGAGGGGUGAGAAAGGGAUUAACGAGUCCAAAGGCUUAUUCUGGGGCCGUGCUGCAGUUCCGGAAUCCAUCGCUUCUAAAACUCAGGGCAAGAAAAUUGUCUCACAGCCACCCCAGAAUGUUGCUGAGCUACCCAGCGGGAAAGAGGACCGGUAUUGGAGUGACAAGCCUUUGAAAGCUGAGGAGUCAGUGGAGUCCAAGGUUGAGCAGCGAUUACCGACGCCUGAUUUCUGGAGCUCCACCACCCGUACUGAACCUUAUGGACAGUUCAAGAUCCGCAAGUCAUUGGAGGGUGGUCUUGGUGACGUAGAUUCUGCUCCUGGGGUAAUGCCUCGUCCGAAUAAUCCAGCAGAAGUUCGAGACUUCAAAUCGGCUCUCCAUAUGCUAAGGGAGAUGCCACCCCCAGCUCACCGCCGCCCGGGAGUGCCGAGUGCAAAACGACCUUGGACGACCGUGGAAGAGGGGUGCUUGAUGAUGGGUCUCGAGAUGGUCCAGGGGCCGUACUGGAGUCAGAUUUUGGCUCUCUUUGGACGAGGGGGUUCUCACGGCGAGCAGCUCAAGGAUCGAACUGAAGCCCAACUUAAGGACAGGGCGAGGAACCUCAGGUUGUUGUUCUUGGAGAAUGGUACCGAGAUUCCUUCUUGCCUACAAGCCGUUCUCGGCCAUCCCAUUAUUCGAGUACCAAUGGCGGAGAUGAGGCUCCAUGCUCAGGAGCAGAUGCAGGAAGGGCUUGAUGAUGUACUUGCUGGUUCUGGUUCUAUGAUGAAGCCCGCGAAGCGUCAAGAGCGUGAGAAAUGUAUGGCCGUAGAUGAGCUUAAGCAGGCUACUGGUGCCUCUAUUGGAGCAGCAACUCCUGACGGCGAUUCCAUGGCAGGAGGUCCCGCUGUUUCCAACGUCAUCAAUGAUUUAACGAGGAUAUCACCUCCGUCUACAGCGGCUGGCGGAACUGUUCCUGCAAACUUCGAUCAAUUCUUAGCUAGACUGGAGACUAGAAACACAGCGGGACUUGAGGGUAGGGUAGCAGGGAGUCGCUAUUCCGCACCACCUAUUCAAUGUGUGCCAUACCCAAGCCUGGCAAAGCGGACGAAUCAGCCUCCUGCUGAGACGGAAACUACGGAGGUUUGUGGCGAGUAUGAAGAGGUUAGCUUCAAAGAUGAAGAAACUCCCGAGGGAAACGUUGGAGAGGGGGAAGAUUGGAUUGUGGUUUAA